UUCAUUUCACAAACCCACCAGCGCAGUGAAGAAGCACUGAAGCGCAUCUGAGAAACAGCGCUGCUAGGAUUGUGGUUAAAAAGGGAGCUGGCAGGCGAAAACAGGAAACAUUUCCGCAGUGAAAACGACGUUAUUCGGGGCGUCUUCGCGAGCUUUUUCCCCACCAGCGCCGAAUGAUACCCCAAGAGGAAUCACUUACAGAUACCAGACUGAAGCCUCGUAAUCGGAGCAAAGCUGUUGCUGCUGCUGCGCUGUUUGGGUGCCGUGUUAGCGGGCUAGCUUAGCCUGCUCCAUUCGCGAUAUACCGACGAACAAAGAAGCGGAAAAAACACAUUUCAGACGCUUUGCUGGGCUAAAAGGUCUGCGUAGAUAUUUGAACAGAAAACUGUCAUGAUGUUUCCACAAUCCAGGCACUCGGCUUCAUCACAGCAGCUGAAGUUCACAACGUCAGACUCCUGUGACCGCAUUAAAGACGAGUUCCAGUUCCUCCAAGCACAAUAUCACAGUCUAAAGCUAGAAUGUGACAAAUUGGCCAGUGAGAAGUCGGAGAUGCAGCGUCAUUAUAUCAUGUACUAUGAGAUGUCCUACGGAUUGAACAUUGAAAUGCACAAGCAAGCAGAGAUUGUGAAGAGAUUAAAUGCAAUCUGUGCUCAAGUCCUGCCUUACCUGUCUCAAGAGCACCAGCAGCAGGUCCUGGGAGCUAUAGAGAGAGCCAAGCAGGUCACACCACCAGAGAUGAACUCCAUUAUACGGCAGCAGCAGCUUCAAGCACACCAACUCUCCCAGCUGCAGGGGCUGGCCCUGCCUGUGACCCCUCUCCCCCUGGGCCUGAGUCAGCCGAGCGGCCUGCCCACCGUCACCUCCAGCUCCGCCCUCUUCUCCCUCUCCAGCAUCCUGGCAUCGCAGGCCCAGCUCGCCAAGGAGGACAAGAGCGCCAGAGACGCCUCGGACAGCCACCGUGACGAGGACGCCGACAAGUCCGACUAGACGUCGCUCCUCUGUCUGCUAUUGGCUGUGACCUCAUCCUCCAGUGCUCGCUUACAGCACAAGCGCAUUGUCUUUCUUUCUCUUUCCCCUCAUUGCUGUAAAUUGCUAUUGUGAUCUUGAUAAUCUGUUCUUGAUCGUUCCACUAGCUUUAUAUUCAGCAGUCCAUCUUUUUUUUUCUUUUUUUUUUCCAUAAAUAUUUUUCCUAUAUAUUUAGUUAUUUUUCUGGCACCUCUCUCAGAGUGUAUAUGUGUAUAUCUCUAUGUACUAUGUAUUCCAUAUUCUGCUUCGUCUCAGCAUGGCCAUCAAGCUCCACUGAGGCACCACCAGUGUUUCUUUGAGCACAGUUUUAUCUUCCCCUACUUUUCUUUCUCCUGAAGAGAUUCUUUUAUCCUUCACCUUUGAAGGAGCACAUUUAUCGCUGACAGAAUGAAGAGAAAAAGAAACGAACGUAAUGAAGGUCAGCAGUAGUAUGUGAACUGUAGAACGCAUGCUUUAUUUUCUGCAGCAUUUUUGGUAUGCGUGUAGUUUACCUCUAUAAAUAACAGUUAAAACGGCUUACAGCGAGUUAGAAUAAAGUGACUCACUGACCUUUUUAAAGGAAUAUUUUAACUUUUUUUUUCUUCUUUUUUUUUUACAUUUACAAGAAAGGUUUAGUCUAUCAUUUGAUUCUUUAGUGUUGCACUGGACAUUAGCUAGCACAUUAACAUAACUUUAAAAAAAAAAAUGUAAGUCUGUCUCACCCAAAAUCUUUUGCGUAAACACAUUCUCAAGUAUUCACAUAUUUGCCCCAAACAACACCACUAAGAUAUGUGGUCUCCUUUAAUGAACAGUUUUAUGGAAGGAAAGUCCAUAUUCACAAACUGAAUUCCAGGUUUCUGCUACAAUGCCACCUACCAUGUGUCUGUGUUUCAGCGUUCAUGCCGGAUUCUGUUAUUUAGAGAUUAGGGCAAGACAUGCUUUGUCCUAACAGUAGUUCUGGCUUUAAGGCAAGUUAUCGUUUCUAUGGUAACAACUUGCACAGGGACUUGUAUACGCAGAAACCUAAUACUAAAAGGACUGUGUUGUUAUUUAACAAAAAAUACAUCAUGUAAUCAUUAUUAUUUUGAAGCUUUCUGUUUAUUUAACAUUUAAGGAAGGAGUCUCCAGUGUUAGAGAUUUGUAACCACAUCAUUACUGAAAUUUCUUCAUAUGCUUUUGAGGCAAAUAUGUGGUUAUGCAGUAUGUUUUGGAUGAAAGAGACUACAUUUGGAUGAAGGGGAAAUUUUAUAUAUUUGUUCUACUUUUUUUCUCGAAAUAUUCCUUUAAACUGUUUGAGGUGUUAAUCAGAGGUCACUGCAGUGCAAAACGGAGAGAUUCUGGAUUAGUUAUGAUAUUCGCUAGACUUAAAAUUACCUAAAAAUUGUCCAACCCC